UUUACGAGCACUGGGAAGCAGGGCUCGAUACGGCGUAUGAGAUCAGUGGCCUAUAAACCUCAACAACAAUAACAGCAAGCCGUCAUUAGCUCUUACAAACCCAACAACAAGAUAAUGUAGGCUUUGGCUAUUAAGUUGUGAACCAAUAGCUGGGAUGGCAUAGGAUGACUGCUGCACUCAGGGCUUCUAACUGUAUUACAAGAAGCAAGUGCCUUCUCUCUUGGAAUUGCAUUUUUGUUUGCAACUAAAUGGAGACAAGUAGAUCAAGUGAUAUCCUCUUCAGCCAGACUUCCACAUUAUAAAGGCCCCAGUGUGUGUAUUAACUGAAGUCUAAUAGAUGAAACAAAUUAACUGAGAUAUACUCCAUUUAUGGGUUAUCUUACUUAACUUGUAAUGUUUGGAUGUGUGAUAAUGCUACAGACAGUAUGGACUCUUCUACACAAAAAGUCCAAGAGCUGCAAGAUGAGCCUGUGGCCACCUCUUCAAGUUUUUCCGGAAAUCUUAACAGAGUUUCUUCACUGAAAUCUCCAGACAGAAACAAGCUAAAGUAUUUUCAAUUAAUACUUGCAGGAGAUGUAAAUGAAUUCCUCAUAGAUAGAUACCUUACUGAUUCCAGUGAUGAGGAAUUGACUAAUCAAGGAAUGAUUUUAUCAGAAUCAUUUGCAUUGAUGGUAGCUUCCAGGACAGCAAGUACUAGCCAAGAAAAAAGUAUAACAACAGAUGUGAUAAAUUAUGAUGAUGAAAUUUCAUUAGAUUUUAAUUAUCUAUGUGAACCUGGUGCUUCUUCUUUACCAAACAAUGUAGCUGUUGGAAACUCUUGUGCUAGUACUCCGCCUGAACGGUCUUCAUUGAGAGAAUUGCAGGAUAGAAUGAUUAAUGUAACUACUGAUUGUGAUGACCAUAAUGAGGAUAAUGUAAUUAUUAUACCUUCUGAUGAUGAUGAUGAUGACGAUGAUGUCAUUUUCAUAUCUCAAAGUAAUACUAAAUGCUCAAUAGAAGUACACGACUCUGAAUGUAUCUUUAUUGAUGUGGAUAAAUCAGUUUCUCCAGUGGGUAAAGGAUGGAUAACAAAGAGAAAAAAUGUGCAAAUGGAUGGUACUUCAAGUGUAAAUGAAGAUUCAGAGGAUUUAUCAGCAAGUAUCUUAAGAGUUGAAAACAUUGAUCAAGAAAGAGAUAGCCUGUGUGAAACAUCAAAGUUAUCAUUUGAGUUUUCCGCCACACAAGAAAAUGACAGAUCGACAGAUGUGUGUUCUACAACUUUGGCUGAUUUACAGUGUGAAAAACUCCCAGUACAUUAUGAGACUCCUGAUACUGCUAUGAUACAAACUCCAGUACAUCCAACUGAAGAAACAUUACAUUUGACACAUUCUCUUCAAGAAAUGAGUGAAAGGAAUACUUAUACUUCGCAAAAAGGUAAAUGUCUGACAAAUAUACAAGUAGAAAGGCAGAUUACAAAACUUAAUGAACAACAAACAUGUGGUGUUAAACCUACAAGACAAGAUAUAUCAAGUAGGAAGCCUUUAGAACAAAAAUCAUCAAAUAUAAGAACUACUGGACACGAAACAUUAGAUAGCAGAUCUACAGGACAACAAACAUCAAAUAUCCUGAAUAAUAUACAUGAAACAGCAGGCAGUAAAUUUACAGGGCACUCAGAUGAUGAAGAUACAGGACACUCAAAUGGUAAACAUAUAAGACACUCUGAUGGCAAACAUACAGGACAUUCGGAUAACAAACAUACAGGAUGCUCAAGUGGCAAACAUAAAGAGCAUUCUGAUAACAAAUAUGCAAGACAUAAAAGAGGCAAACAGACAGGACAUUCAAAUGACAAACAUGCAAGACACAAAAAUGGCAGACAUACUGGACACUCAGAUGAUAAACAUACAGGACAUUCAGAUGCCAAAUGUACUGGACACAAAGAUGGCAGACAUACUGAACAGCAGUCAGGUACCAGUAGUACAAAACAGCAAACAUCAGGUGUCUUACCAUCUGUGCAACUAACUUCAAUUCCUGCUGCAACAGUGCAAGAGGUGACAGCUGAUAAGACUACUGCGCAAAAUGCAUUUGUUGACAGUUGUACAAAACAAGAAUCAUCGUUAGUGAAUAAGAAAAUGCAAGAUUCAAUGUCUUCUAAGAUUACAGCACCUCAAGCUCCAUCUCCCAAAGCUGCAGUGAUUUCAGAGUCUGCUACAAGAGAAAUGUUGGAAAGAAAAUUUGGAAAUUUUUCCUCAACCACAAGUAAUACAACAGUUUCACCAACACAAAAUAAUAUAAACAAUUUUGACACCAAGAUACCAAUAUAUGAUCAGUCACAAUUAAUAUUAGAUCAUAUAAAACAAACAUCGAUCUCUGAUUUAAAAAGUUCUAAUAUGUCUAACUCUCUUGAUAAGGCAUCCAUUAGUAAUUUGUCUCAAAAAAAGGAUCUGACUGCAAAAGAAUUGCCAAUAAGUACUUCAAGAAAAAAUAUACCACUAGCUAAUGCUUUAACCCAGUGCAAAUCAACAGACAUUCCAAAUAAUUACAUCUCUCCAUACAAGGCCCCAGCUAUUAAUGUAUCAUUGAAUAAAACUUCUUUCCAUUCAUCAACAACAGUGGCAUCAAAACUCCCACUACAUCAGCAUUUACCUACAUUUCAUACUAAAAGCAUUCCUUCCUAUGAAGCUUGUGUGGGAGAAGAUUUAACAAGAGAAGUUGAUUGUAAUGUAAGUCUUUCAAGUAAAAACCAGGAAAAAAAAUUGUUAACUACUGUUGUUAAAAAAACUAACACAAAUACCAGUGACAAAAUGUCUUCAGAGCUAGUGGAACCUUUAAUCACUUACAGUAACGAUGGUGAGAGGAAUCAGAAAGAUUCUGAUGACAAUGUUUCAUUCACUCCAGAUGCACUAGCUGUAUUCACACAAGAAGCAGAAGAACUUAAUGAGAAUCUCAAUUCUUUUGAAGGGCAUAGAAAGAGAGAGCUGGAUGCUGGAGAGGUAACUCCUGCAAAGAAAUUAAAUAGUGGGGCCUCCGCAUACGAUUAUGUAUCUGGAUCACCUAAAACUCCUGUCUGUCCCAUUCCAGAUUCAACAGUUCCAGAUUGUCUUUUAACCAUAGACCAAAGGAUGUUCGGAUCUCCAUUGCCAUCAGCUUCAAUAAAACCACAAGAUGAAGACACUGUAAGGGCUGGCAAUACCAGUGCACAAUUUGUAAAUGAUGAAAAACAUAAGAGAAAUGUAUUUCUUGUUGAAAGUCUUGAAGCUAUUAGUAAAGUAACCAGUGUCUUGGGAAAUUUGGCUCCUGUAACAGAACAUUUACUAAUCAAGUCAGCAAUUAAAAUAGAACAAGGUCAAGACCCCUUUGAUCUUUUCUUGGUCACAGACAAUAUUAUUGCACUGGAACUUAUGCAUCAAAAUUUAUUUUCAGAAUAUAAAAAAGGCAUACUUGAUCCAGAAGUCAUGGCCAGUGUUAAGAAAGCAAUGGAAAUGACAACUAUACUUUUAAAUGUAGUGAAUGAGAUGAAGUUACUAAAGAAUUACAUGGGACUUGAUAUAGAUAAUAUAGCUAGAGCUACCAUUGGAAAAAAAACAUGUGAAAUAAUACAUUUUAUUACACAGCAGUUAUUAUACUUAGGAAAGAAAGAAGCUAGAGAGAACGAUAUUCAUUGUAUUCUUAUGAGUGUAAUGAAUAAACAUAAGGAGUUAACAGAUAAGCAUAUAGUAAAUAAUAAUACUCUUAAUUUUAUAGUAUCUAAAGACAAGGUUUUGUCUUCAGAGUACAAAGCAAAUGAUUACUCAGAAGUACUACACGGUUCUGUAAAUCCUCAGGAAACACACACUCAGAUUGCAGAUUCAGUUAAUGAAAGCGAAUCCCAAGAAACUAGAGCUGGUACAGGAUUGGCUACACUGUUAUCUAUUAUUCCAGCAAAUGUUGCUACUCUAUCUUCUUUAAGGAAAAGCAAUGAGAGUACCGUGGUCAGGACCACGGGUGACCAGGAAAUAAAAAAUGACUUGAGGAGAAAUUCACUUUUAAAUGCAUCUCCACCACCUAUGCAUCAUUCAUGGUAUUUUGCUGUAAAUAGAAAAGGUAGAGAUAACAUCAUGAAGCAAAAUAAGAGUGUAAAUAAUUCAUCUAUCAGUGAAAUGAAUUCUUUAUCUUUGUCAGAUGCACUGAAACACACACAUUCUUCAUCCCACCAAAUCAGUGAGUCAUCUGUACUCUCACAUAAUCAGAAUCCUUUGCAUAAAGAAGAAACAAAACAAGACAAUAAUAGACCAUUCUCAGUAUGUAAUCCACACAACAAAAGUGGCACUUGGGCUUCCCAGAGAGUAGAAAAAAGAAAGCAUGUGCUACCUCCAGUCUAUGCCGAUGAUAAUAGGCAAUCUUUAGUGUAUAAACCUAGUAACAGUUCAUCUCCCGAGUAUAACCCUGAUGUCAGGUUAUCUCCUGUAUAUGACCUUGAUGUCAGGUCAUCUCCAUUGUGCAACCCAAAUGUCAGGUCAUCUCCAGCAUAUGACCCUGAUGUAAGGUCAUCUCCAGUGCAUGACCCUGAUGUCAGGUCAUCUCCAGUGUAUGACCCUGAUGUCAGGUCAUCUCCAGUGCAUGACCCUGAUGUCAGGUCAUCUCCAGUGUAUGACCCUAAUGUCAGGUCAUCUCCAGUGUAUGACCCUGAUGUCAGGUCAUCUCCAGUGCAUGACCCUGAUGUCAGGUCAUCUCCAGUGUAUGACCCUGAUGUAAGGUCAUCUCCAGUGUAUGACCCUGAUGCCAGGUCAUCUCCAGUGUAUGACCCUGAUGUCAGGUCAUCUCCAAUGCAUGUAUAAUGAGAUUGUUUGGUAGCUGUCGCAAGCGGGUGUGAAUGAUAUACGUCUUCGGAGGCUUCUUACUUUAUUGUUAAGUAGUGGUGGGUACACAGGCUUGUGUUGUGCCCAUGGCCUGGCCAGGGCCAUCCCACGAGAGAGAGCUGGAGAGGCCUUGUGUCUUGCUGCUAGGCCGCUGUGUGAGUGAGGGAGAGGCAAGUCUGGGCAUACUGAAGUGGCAAGGCGUAUAGAUGGCAGCACCAGCAUAGCGCGAAAUAUGAACUAAGCUGGCAGACAGCAUGGGCUGUCUGUGCAGACAGUACAGGCUGUCUACAUACGCUCGGCCACCUACCGCGCGUCGUCCCGACACGACAAUACUGGUAGUAAAAGAAACUCGGUCUCUCUCUCGUAGGAACAGGACACAGAACACAAAAUAAAAACAUAUAUAUACAUAUGGACAUGGAAAAAAAAACUUCCUACAGGGAGGGAAGAAAAAAACAUGUGGGGUGUGCUAAACAUCGUGGUCAUAGGCAAUGAGCAUCGAAGGGCAUCACUGCACGCCUUCCUGCGUCUGGACAUACUGCAACACGGGAGACAUCGCUGCGGCUGAGCUGUGACGUAACAGGUUACGGUCUCCUCUGGAACGGUGAAGCAGUCAUCGUAGGAGUCGCUGCAGGUUUCACUCAACCUGGGGCACAACAUGCUGGUGCCCUCGAGUGAGGCAUCGACAAAACUCAGCAACUGGGCAGGACUUCUGGCAAGCGACUCAGGACACUUCUCGACUGGUACUGUCGCUGGGCUGUCACUGCCGGCGAGCGUGGAGCGAGUCGUGGCAGAGACGACUGGGCGAAACAUCUGGGAGUCGUAACAUCAUACACCAGACUGCAGUGAGAGAGCUAGCAGUCAAAGUGACAUCAUCUUUGUGCAGGCUGCUCACUGAAGCUUGUGACACGAGGCUGACACAGCGUGUCAUCUCUCGACAGUUGGAGUUAUAGCAGAGGUUAGUCUAAGCGUCCCCAGACUUGUUUCUCUACAUAUAACUGCACUCUGAAGGUCUGGAGGUAAAGUGAAACAAAUCUCGAUGGGAAUCGUAGCAGGUACGAUUCUGCAGAACAUCACGAGCGACGAGCAUAAAAGCUUUCUGUACAAGAGGGCUCGGUCACUCGGAGCUGUCUUGACAUCAGCUGUCAAACACACUGGUCACACGGGUGACUUAGCACAGAGGUGCUACUCAGGUCUGGCUGGCUCAGACCUCACUGGACACACGGAAACUUUAAAAACACACCGCUGUACAUAUGGUACAACAUGGCUUAACUAGCAAAUGAUGCUUUUUUGUGCACAAAACAGACACUAAGACAUACUAAAAUGUGAGAACACUGACUGAGAGGAAUUAACACACGACAUAUAUUUUCUCUCAAUCUUCUCGACAAUACUAAAAUAAUUACUGAACACUCGAUGGUGACAUCAUGUGAUGUCAGGCGUGAUGUCGCAAGGUGACGUCAGCAGCACUGUGACGUCAGCAAACAUCUCGAGGUGACGUCAGGCAGACAUCGUGAGGUGACGUCAGCAGACAUCGUGAGGUGACGUCAGCAGACAUCUCGAGGUGACGUCAGGCAGACAUCGUGAGGUGACGUCAGCAGACAUCUCGAGGUGACGUCAGGCAGACAUCGUGAGGUGACGUCAGCAGACAUCGUGACGUCAUGAAGUCGGGCAGCAUCGUGGGUGACGUCAAUGUGAUGCGGGCAGCAGACCACAGCAUGUGGCCUUGGGACAUCUGGUAACUCAUGUGGCUGGUAGAUCCACGUGACAUCGGCCACACCCAACGUGGUGUCGAUCCACGUGGUGUCGUGAUCUACGUGGCAUGCUGAUCCACGCAGCUUCGAGUGGCCUCGGGCACUCGGAUACACAGCACUGGCGACGAAUCACACGAAAAACAGCAGAAAACACAGCAGAGGGAGUGGGCAGUGGUGAGUGGUGUAUGGUAGACGGGUGAGCGUGAGUAGGGCGAGCAUGGGCAAGGUGAGGAACAGCCACUUCUUCUCCUCUCCUCCCCCACCCACAAAUACGUAGAGAACUCACACUGGACGCAGAAAUCACCACAAAACUCACCUCUGGCUUGCAGAAACAGCUGUGCUGAGCUGAACAACAGCAACAUACAAGUGAUGCUGAACACGUGACUUGAGAAACAGCGUGGGACGCUGUAGCGUGGAGUCACUGUAGCGUGGGGUCACUGUGACGCCACUUACAAUUCUCGGAGAAUUUCGGCAAAUUUCGGUCUGGAUCCUGCUUGUACCUGUGUCUGGAUGCUCAAACGUGCAGACACGACAUCAGGAUAACUCGUUGAGAGACGGAUGCUUCUUGCAUGGGAUGAUGAAGUGAAGAUGACUUCAUCCCUCUUCCUCCCUCUCUCCAGGCAAACACAACUCCUGCGAGCACCACUGUCACCAUUUAUAAUGAGAUUGUUUGGUAGCUGUCGCAAGCGGGUGUGAAUGAUAUACGUCUUCGGAGGCUUCUUACUUUAUUGUUAAGUAGUGGUGGGUACACAGGCUUGUGUUGUGCCCAUGGCCCGGCCAGGGCCAUCCCACGAGAGAGAGCUGGAGAGGCCUUGUGUCUUGCUGCUAGGCCGCUGUGUGAGGGAGGGAGAGGCAAGUCUGGGCAUACUGAAGUGGCAAGGCCUAUAGAUGGCAGCACCAGCAUAGCGCGAAAUAUGAACUAAGCUGGCAGACAGCAUGGGCUGUCUGUGCAGACAGUACAGGCUGUCUACACAUGACCCUGAUGUCAGAUCAUCUCCAGUGUAUGACCCUGAUGUAAGGUCAUCUCCAGUGGACAGCUCAAAUGUCAGGAUGUCUCCAAUGUAUGACCCUGAUGUAAGGUCAUCUCCAGUGCACAGCUCAAAUGUCAGGAUGUCUCCAAUAUAUGACCCUGAUGUCAGGUCAUCUCCAGUGUAUGACCCUAACAUCAGGUCGUCUCCGGUGUAUGACCCUAAUAUCAGGUUACCUCUAGUGUACAACCCAGAUGUCAGGGUGUCUCCAGUGUACAACCCAGAUGUUAGGGCAUCUCCAGUGUAUAAUCCUGAUGUCAGGUCACCUCCAGUGUACAACCCUGAUGUCAGGUUAUCUCCUGUAUAUGACCCCGAUAAGAAGUCAUCUCUGGCAUAUGCCUCCAGUGGUAGGUCAUCUGGCCAACAAAUAUCCAAAAAUUCUUUUCAUACUAAAGAUUUUUUAUCUGCUGAAACCACAGAAGUGUUAGACAAAGAAAAACUGCUAAAUCAAAGAAACUAUUUGUUUAAACAGAGGCUGGUUGACAGAGAAAAAGGUAUUAAAGGAAAGGCCAGUGGUGUUUUGCAGCUUUCCUCAAAAGAAAAACUGUCAGAAUAUGUGAAACAUAUUCACAGUGCAUCCAAACAGCAUUAUUCACACAGUCAGAACAAAGUUAAAAAUCAUAUCAUAGUACCUUGUGACACAGACAACAGAGGCACACACCAAACAGUGAACAAUGACUCAAGAAACAGAUUACAGCUCUCACUGAACACAGAUACAGGAAAUAAAUGAAAAGUAUAGAUCACCAUAUAAUUAUAGCAAAUUUCAGUUAAGUACUACAUCUUCUGAAACUACUGAACAGACUAGAAUGUUGCACUGAAAAAUAAGAACCAUAGCUAAAAGGCAAAUUAAAGACAGAACCAGAGAAGAUGAAAUUAGAAAGCAGGACUCAGAGUAACCCCAUUUAGUAAGUUUAUUCAGGUAUGCACAAAUACAGUUAAAUAGAUUAUCAUACAAAGCAGCUUAUGUGUAGAGAACCUAGGAUAACCCAAAAAAGUCAAAGUUACUUAUUUCCAUUGGGGUCCUUUACUCAAAUUUACAUAAAAUUUUCUAUUUUUCUAGUAAUUAAAAUAUGCAUCAGCAAGUGUGUUAGCCAUAAUUCCAGAAUGCAAAAAUCCUCUGAUUGCACUCUUUUGAAAGGUAGACAUCCAUGCCAAGAUCAUCCCAUAUUACCCCAUAAUGUGAACAGAGAUAUUCAUAUAAAUAAAUCAGAGUAUUCAGAUCCACUUUCAAAUUUAGAGACCACUUAAUAAAGGCCUCCAGUAUCCAAACCUGCAGCACCUGGAACUUAAGGAUAUGACUCUCCAAUUGAAAAACUUUACUGCCUUCAUUUCUGUUGAACAGGAAUUUAUCUUGAAAUAUCUUUUAAGCUAAAUCACUUGAAAUUUAUAAUGCUUUGUAUAAUAUGGUCAUUGACCAUAAAAAAUGUAUUUAAUUUAGGUAAGAUUGCACCUAUUGUAAUUUGGGACACUUUAGUUUAUAAGGAUUACACUCUAAGACAACUGUGAUAAUUUCUGUCUUAUAAUGCCAUCACAGUGCUGUAUGACACAGGUAAUAAUAAUAAUGAUAAUCUUCUUUCAAUGCACUGGCCAUAUCCCACCGAGGCGGGGUGGCCCAAAAUUAAAAACGAAAGUUUCUCCUUUUAAAUUUAGUACACUGGAACUCCAGUUUUCAUACUUACAUCCUGGCCACUCACAUCCAGACCCAUGGACUUCCCUAAAGACACACUUCAUUCCACAACAGGCGUAGGGUCAACAGGGUCAGCCUCAAACCCUUCAAAAAACCCUUUCUUUGGGCCCAUGGUUCAAAUUCAAAUUCAAAUUCAAAGUUUAUUCUGUAUAAGGAUUACAAUGCUGAGUUUACAGAAUUUGGUUAUUGUAUUGUUUACAUGUAGUAAAAUAAUAAUUACAGAGUGUACCACUAGAACACCUAGCAUGGCUAGGCAUUUCGGGCAGACUUAAAUUAAAUCUUAAGUUUAAAAUAUUACAAAAUUAUGAGGUAAGUUGGUAUUAUGGCUAAGUGACUAAAUACUAGUUUGUGAGUUUAGCAAUGUGAAUGCUUUUGUUUUGGCACUAUACAUAGUUUCAGUAUUGGAGUAUCACAGGCCAACUUAUGACUAGUUAAGAUUCAUUAUUUUGAGACUGAGAUUGAUAUUUCUGUUUAUGGUCAAAUGGGUGAGUGAGUGUAAGUGUUAACCACCAGGUGGUAUUCGUGUAAUUAGUUGACAGGGUGUAUCAGGGAGAUAAGAUGUUUUCUGAUGGUAGUUUUGAAGGUGAUGGUGGCUUAUUUUGCAGUCACAAUCAAUAAACAAGCACAAAAAUUGCGAAAUGUUUUGGAUGAAUGCUCACUCAACCAGUGACAAAUCCAAACUGACGGCAUUCCUGGGUGGGCGGACGCAUAUGAUAUGUACGAUUUCUGGAUUGAGGUACGAAAUCCGGACCAAAAUUUCAUCCAAAAAAGUGUUCUAAAUCUGAAUUGUACGAUAUGCGAACAGUACGAAAACCGGAGUUCCAUUGUAAUAUAUACAGAAGGCAUUACUAGCCCCUUGCUCCCAGUAUUUUAGUCACCUCUCACGACAUGCAUGACUUACGGAAGAAUUCUGUUCCACUUCCUCAUGGAUAUAAGAGAAAUAAACAAGAACAAGAACUAGUAAGACAAUAGAAGAAAACCCAGAGGGGUGCAUUUAUGUUUAUACAUGCAUGUGUAGUGUUACUGUGUGCAAGCAAAAGUAGCAAAAUGUACCUGAAACCUUGCAUGUGUAUGAGACAGAAAAAAGACACCAGCAAUCCUACCAUCAUGUAAGACAAUUACAGGCUUCCCUUUUACACUCACCUGAGAGGAUGGUAGUACCUCCCUGGGCAGUUGCUGUCUACCAACCUACUACCUAGGAAUAAUGAUAAUACCUUCAGUAUUUUUAUUCUAAUAUAAAAUUUGCUUUUCUAAGAGUACUAAAUAACCCAAAGAGGCUGGAGUUUACCUGGAGAGAGUUCCGGGGGUCAACGCCCCCGCGGCCCGGUCUGUGACCAGGCCUCCUGGUGGAUCAGAGCCUGAUCAACCAGGCUGUUGCUGCUGGCUGCACGCAAACCAACGUACGAGCCACAGCCCGGCUGGUCAGGAACCGACUUUAGGUGCUUGUCCAGUGCCAGCUUGAAGACUGCCAGGGGUCUGUUGGUAAUCCCCCUUAUGUAUGCUGGGAGGCAGUUGAACAGUCUCGGGCCCCUGACACUUAUUGUAUGGUCUCUUAACGUGCUAGUGACACCCCUGCUUUUCAUUGGGGGGAUGGUGCAUCGUCUGCCAAGUCUUGCUUUCAUAGUGAGUGAUUUUCGUGUGCAAGUUCGGUACUAGUCCCUCUAGGAUUUUCCAGGUGUAUAUAAUCAUGUAUCUCUCCUGCCUGCAUUCCAGGGAAUACAGGUUUAGGAACCUCAAGCGCUCCCAGUAAUUGAGGUGUUUUAUCUCCGUUAUGCGCGCCGUGAAGGUUCUCUGUACAUUUUCUAGGUCAGCAAUUUCACCUGCCUUGAAAGGUGCUGUUAGUGUGCAGCAAUAUUCCAGCCUAGAUAGAACAAGUGACCUGAAGAGUGUCAUCAUGGGUUUGGCCUCCCUAGUUUUGAAGGUUCUCAUUAUCCAUCCUGUCAUUUUUCUAGCAGAUGCGAUUGAUACAAUGUUAUGGUCCUUGAGGGUGAGAUCCUCCUACAUGAUCACUCCCAGGUCUUUGACGUUGGUGUUUCGCUCUAUUUUGUGGCCAGAAUUUGUUUUGUACUCUGAUGAAGAUUUAAUUUCCUCGUGUUUACCAUAUCUGAGUAAUUGAAAUUUCUCAUCGUUGAACUUCAUAUUGUUUUCUGCAGCCCACUGAAAGAUUUGGUUGAUGUCCGCCUGGAGCCUUGCAGUGUCUGCAAUGGAAGACACUGUCAUGGAAAUUCGGGUGUCAUCUGCAAAGGAAGACACGGUGCUGUGGCUGACAUCCUUGUCUAUGUCGGAUAUGAGGAUGAGGAACAAGAUGGGAGCGAGUACUGUGCCUUGUGGAACAGAGCUUUUCACCGUAGCUGCCUCGGACUUUACUCUGUUGAUGACUACUCUCUGUGUUCUGUUAGUGAGGAAAUUAUAGAUCCAUUGACCGACUUUUCCUGUUAUUCCUUUAGCACGCAUUUUGUGCGCUAUUACGCCAUGGUCACACUUGUCGAAGGCUUUUGCAAAGUCUGUAUAUAUUACAUCUGCAUUCUUUUUGUCUUGUAGUGCAUUUAGGACCUUGUCGUAGUGAUCCAAUAGUUGAGACAGACAGGAAUGACCUGUUCUAAACCCAUGUUGCCCUGGGUUGUGUAACUGAUGGGUUUCUAGAUGGGUGGUGAUCUUGCUUCUUAGGACCCUUUCAAAGAUUUUUAUGAUAUGGGAUGUUAGUGCUAUUGGUCUGUAGUUCUUUGCUGUUGCUUUACUGCCCCCUUUGUGGAGUGGGGCUAUGUCUGUUGUUUUUAGUAACUGUGGGACGACCCCCGUGUCCAUGCUCCCUCUCCAUAGGAUGGAAAAGGCUCGUGAUAGGGGCUUCUUGCAGUUCUUGAUGAACACGGAGUUCCAUGAGUCUGGCCCUGGGGCAGAGUGCAUGGGCAUGUCAUUUAUCGCCUGUUCGAAGUCAUUUGGCAUCAGGAUAACAUCGGAUAGGCUUGUGUUAAUCAAAUUUUGUGGCUCUCUCAUAAAAAAUUCAUUUUGAUCUUCGACUCUCAGUCUGGUUAGUGGCUUGCUAAAAACUGAGUCACUUAGUUUGCAUAUAACAAUAUCUAUGCCCUAUAGCAGCUUAAGAGCAAAAAUGAUCUUGUGUUCAUGGGGAGUGUUAAACCUGUAUGGAUCAUAAUAGUGCCUAGGGGUAAUGGGAGGCAUUCAGGCUCAAUUCAAGAAAGGGAAAUGCAAGUCAAAUUUUUUAAAUCAAGAGCAGUUAGGUUAUGUACUGUCUCAUUUAUACUUACUCAACAUUAAUAUCUAUGGAAUUAUUGACAUUUACUUUGAAAAUUACUUAUUAUUACUUAGAAGUUUAUUAUGUAUGUAGUUUUCUUUUUCCUAGGUAGUAGGUUGGUGGACAGCAACCGCCCAGGGAGGUACUACCGUCCUGCCAAGUGAGUGUAAAACGGAAACCUGUAAUUGUUUUAAGUGAUGGUAGGAUUGCUGGUGUCUUUUUUCUGUCUCAUAAACGUGCAAGAUUUCAGAUACAUCUUGCUACUUCUACUUACACUUAGGUCACACUACACAUACAUGUACAAGCAUAUACAUGUACGUAUAUACAUACAUACCCCUCUGGGUUUUCUUCUAUUUUCUUUCUAGCUCUUGUUCUUGUUUAUUUCCUCUUAUCUCCAUGGGGAAGUGGAACAGAAUUCUUCCUCUGUAAGCCAUGCGUGUCAUAAGAGGCGACUAAAAUGCCAGGAGCAAGGGGCUAGUAACCCCUUCUCCUGUAUAUAUUACUAAAUUUGAAAGGAGAAACUCGUUUUUCCUUUUGGGCCACCCCACCUCGGUGGAAUAUGGCUGGUAUGUUGAAAGUAGUAGUUUUCUUUUUAAAAUUUACUGUAUAAAAUAGGGUGAAUCAAGUAAGUAUAGAGCCUCAUUGUACAGUAACAUAUGUAUUAUUAUUAUUAUACAGGUUUAGUGCUUGGUUUUGAUAAAUUAUUAUUAUAAUCAAAACCAAGUGCUAAACCCACAAAUGUUAUACAGCACUGAGCGUAUGUAUAUAGAGCCUCAACUCACUUGGCGACAUACUCGUUUACUGACGCCUCAGACUUAUGAUGGGCUCUCUGACCAGUAUUAAUACCUAAAUAAUGUAUAUUAGAGCUGAUUUCCUCUAUUCUUUUUAUUUCAAUAUACAGUACACUACUGUAUAAACAUUUGGAAAUAUACCAGAAAUGUUAUAAAUGGUGCAAACCUGGAGUUGACACAAGUUUACUACCAUUAUAGUAGGCUCCUCACUUAAUGACAAACUCGUUUAACGACGUGGUCUCAGGAACAGAACUCCAUUGUUAAGUGAGGAGAGGCUGUAUUCUUCAUUUACAAACAGUAUUUUUGUUGACUAUUGUGGUUUAACUAGUUGUUUACAGUAUGUACUUUAUUACAUGUAUGUAUAUGGCAGCUUUGAGGAAUACUGAAAGUAAAUGUAUUAAUUUAUUCCAGUACUGACCAGUAUAAUGGCAUUUUGAUUUCCUAUCUUAGAUAAGCUUUUAUAACACAUUAGUGUUAAAAAUAUUACAGACCAGCUGUUAAAAUUAUUUUAUUAAUGGGGAAGUGCUAAACCUAUAGGGUCAUACAGUGCCUGAAGAAUGGGAGGCAGUCAUUUUUUAUCCAAAGGGGAUCCAAUCCCUUGGAUCAAUAAUUCUUCCCCAGAUCAAGGAACUCACUUUAAGGGUUUUACAGUUUGACAGACUUGUCCUCCUGGGACUAACAUAUAUUUGUGAACUGAAGGCCAAACUUGGUAUAUUACAUUAUGGAAACACACUGUAAGAUAGGUUCCUGAGACUUUUGAAUGCUGUCAAUAAGCAAUGACAACUAGAAUGUAUGAUUAACUGUAGUAAUUUUUACCUAGUAAAUUUUUUUUUUUGCCAAUUUGGAACAUAAUCCCAUUUUUUCCAUGUUUUUUCACCUAUGACAAUGUUAAUUUCCACAAGGUAUAUUUUGUGCAUCAUGAGAGGGUUUACUGUAUAAUUGACUUCUAACACAUCCUGCCAAGAAAGUGCACUGAAUUCUCUUCCUCAGUUUAACACUUUAUGAAUAUUGUAUUUACAUCAGUGUAUUGGCAUGCUUACCCUGUCAGUCCCAGGUACAAUGCAAGCUUGUAUGGUAGAAAGACAAUAUGAGCAAAGCAAAAUUUUAUUUAAAUAAUUAUUAUAAUGAAAACUAAGCACUAGACCCACCAGGAUCAUACAACGCUGCAGGGUAGGGUGUAUGAACCGUAUAAUAUGCUUGAUCUGAAACUAGCUAGGGUGGAGAGUAUAACGGAGGGAGAGUUCAGAAGGGUGGCGAGUAGUGCUAAGGGAUAUAUAAUCAAAGGUUGUGUAAUGUAAAUCUGUUGCUGUCAAAACAAGUCAAAGAGGGAGUUUGUGUCAAAGGUGGGGCCAGCAAUUAGGAGGGAAGAUAAAAGUAAGGGUGUUAGAGUGGCAGAGAUAUCAGAGGUAAACUCUACAUGCUUGCUGGUAGACAGGACAGUCCAAUAGAAUAUGACAAAUUGAAAUUGGAACCUGGCAAUUCGCAGAGUGGAACUGGGCACCUCUCCAUGCGAUACCCAUGAGUGAGAUGUGCGUGCCUGAUGGAAAGACGGGACAAUGUACUCUCUCAACCACAACAUCGAUGAUAAGGAAAAGACCAGGAUCCUAAACUUGGCUUGAUAGAGUGUAAUUAGUUAUGAAUCAACCCUGACCAACGUCAUUGCCAUCGGUUGCGAAAAUAGUCUGAGAAUGGAAUACUGGAAGGUCAUUAACCACUGACUGCACAGCAGAGUCUGCCUGCUUAUUGCCCUGAACAUCAAAGUGACCAGGGACCCAGUAGAAAAUGAUUUCUGUUUUUGCUAGAAAUGCAACAUAACCAGAAUUGUAUACAAAGAACUAGGGGAUGAGGCAAACUAAAUUUUUUAAUAGCUUGCAAAGCACUAAUGUAGGAGUCUGAGACUACCACAAAUGUUGAGGAAGACCUAGACACAAUACAGAUAAUUGCUAUGAGAAUUUCAUACAGUUCAGCUAUGAAAAUGCUAGCCGAGUCUAAUGGCCUUGCAUAACACUUAGUUUAAUAUGUUUAUUAUGCACCCCAUACCCAUCCUGUGGGCAGUAGUCAAAAGAUUACAGAGGUACAUAAUGGGUCCAGGGACUGGACUCCAAAGUUUUGAUAGCUGAGGAAGUUACAGAGGUAAUGAAUUCACAAUUUACGAAGGUAAUGAACUCACGAAUUACAAAGGUAAUGAACUCCAGGUAGGUCUAGUCACAAUCAUGACAAGUUACAAAGGUAUUAUAAAAGUUUGCUCUGCACAUACAUUAGUAUCUUUCUACUAGUUUCCUAAUUUUCAUGAUUAUAAUACAUAAUAAUGAUAUUUGCAAUGGAAUACAAGUUACAUUUUAAAUGCUAACACUUGUUUAACUAAUUGAAUGGUACAUUCAGA